CGCAAUAGUAAAGAGCGGGUGGGACAAGCUGUUUUUGCCUUUCUAUCCCCUCCUCUAGCUCAACUACCUAGACAUAGCCACUCAAGACCUAAAUAUAUCUUUUCUACAUUUAAAGACGAGACUUUCCUGACCAGCGUCGUGUGAGACAAGAGUUUGGGGGUUCUACAGCUUCCUCUUCUCGGGCCUCCCAGGGAAACUGUAAAUACCUCUCCUCCUUAUGCCCGUUAAGAUGCAGUGAGAGUCAUGUUUCCCUUGCCGCCAUAUGUCAUGACAUCUUAAAACCUUCAACCUGAAAGUAGACAGAGGACGUUCAAGAAGGUUGUGACCUCUGAACCCCUAAACCCUGACUUUUGCUGAGACCAGAGUGUGAUCCAUGGCUAUAAAGAGCCUUCUGCACGCUGCUUCCACUUUCAGGAAGCAGCUGAUGAGGGUGAAGGUGGUAAACUCUAACUCCGAGGACUCCCGUCUGUGCCGAUGUCUCAACACCUUUGACCUGGUAGCCCUCGGUGUGGGCAGUACAUUGGGUGCUGGUGUUUAUGUGCUUGCUGGUGCUGUUGCAAGAGAGAAUUCAGGUCCUGCUAUUGUGCUGUCAUUCCUGAUAGCAGCUAUAGCCUCAGUGUUAGCCGGGCUUUGCUACGCUGAGUUUGGAGCCCGUGUUCCCAAAACAGGCUCGGCUUAUCUGUACUCCUAUGUGACUGUAGGGGAGCUGUGGGCCUUCAUCACUGGAUGGAAUCUCAUUCUUUCCUACGUCAUUGGUGCCUCCAGCGUGGCUCGUGCAUGGAGCGCCACCUUUGAUGAGUUGAUAGGGAACCCCAUAGGGCAGUUCUGCAGACAGUACAUGGCCCUGAAUGUACCAGGAGCACUGGCAGAGUAUCCUGACAUAUUUGGUGCUUUCAUCAUAAUUAUUCUUACAAGUCUGCUGGCAUUUGGGGUCAAAGAAUCAGCAAUGGUGAACAAGGUCUUCACUUGUAUCAAUGUCCUAGUCUUGGUGUUCAUGGUGAUCUCUGGAUUCGUCAAAGGCAAUAUUAAAAACUGGCAGCUAGACCCUGAAGAGAUCCUACAUGCAAGUUAUACAACAAACAGCACCAAUGUGACAGACGUCCUGCCAAGCGCAGAGAGUUUAGGAAUCGGCGGCUUCAUGCCAUUUGGAUUCACCGGUGUCCUGUCAGGAGCCGCUACCUGUUUCUAUGGGUUUGUAGGAUUUGACUGCAUUGCUACCACAGGUGAAGAGGUGAAGAACCCCCAGCGAGCCAUUCCUUUUGGUAUCGUAUCCUCAUUGCUCAUCUGCUUUGUGAUCUACUUCAGCGUUUCUGGUGCUCUCACCCUCAUGAUGCCAUACUACCUGCUGGACAGCAACAGCCCUCUGCCUACAGCUUUUAAUUAUGUGGGCUGGGGGGGCGCGAAAUAUGCCGUAGCUGUAGGCUCUCUUUGCGCUCUGUCUACAAGCUUGCUGGGUUGUCUGUACCCUGUUCCUCGUGUGAUCAUGGCUAUGGCUGAUGAUGGGCUGUUAUCAAAGUCCUUGGCCAGGGUCAACUCCUGCACCAAAACCCCACUAAAUGCAACUUUUGUCACUUCCUCUCUGGCAGUUGUCAUGGUGUUAAUGUUCGAGCUGAAGGACCUGGUGGACCUGAUGUCGAUAGGGACGCUGCUAGCCUACACAUUAGUGGCUGCCUGUAUCCUGGUGCUCAGGUACCGGCCCAGCAUGGGUUACCAGAUUGUCAGUAGCCACGAGGAGAUGGAGUUGAAUGAGGGCAACAUCCUGCCCGGUAUGGAAGAGAGGCUCAGCUUCAAAACCUUGCUGUUCCCAGACAACCCCACACCAUCCAAACUGUCAGGCUUCACUGUCAACGUCUGUGUCUUUCUCCUCGGAAUGCUGAUGCUGGCAUUCAGUGUUCUGGCAUCUUAUGGAGAUCUUGCUUCGUGGAACUUGGUAGCUCUCAGCGUCAUCUUCAUGAUGUGUCUUUUCGUGGUCUUCAUCAUCUGGAGACAGCCCCAGAACCACACUAAACUCUCCUUCAAGGUGCCCAUGCUGCCCUUCAUUCCAGUGAUCAGCAUGUUUGUCAAUAUCUACCUGAUGAUGCAGCUUGAAGAACGCACUUGGGUUAAAUUCUCAAUCUGGAUGGCCAUAGGUUUCGCGAUCUACUUCAGCUAUGGUAUCCGUCACAGCACCCUGUCAGCUGCAGCUCAUUCGACUCCGGACACAGAGAUGAUGGGCUUAGGGCUUAACCACAAGUCAGCAUCACCAGAAAAGGAAGCCUUUCUGUCCAAUGGCAUUGAUGUAAGGGAAGAGAAUGAUGGAGAUUUGUAGGAAUUUGCAAAUCUCCAUCAUCAGAUCACGCUGCUUCCAAGACAUGCAUCCUUGAUAGCCAGCAGUCAGUCUGUGUCAGCUCACUGGCAGAACUUUCUUUUAGGGAAGGUAAAGAUAAAUACCUCAUACCUAAAAUUCACAAACUUCUGACUUACUUCUUCAGCUGCAGGGAGAACACAGCCAUAACUGACAUGUUCUGUAUUUUGCAAUAAGGUUCAGAUUGAAGUGCCAAUUAUUACUUGACUAUCAGGAAUUAGGGCUUAUGUUGGAGAUACAGAAUACAUCAUUGUCUUAAA